CGUCCCUUAACAAGCAGCCGCUUUCAAGGCGUCUUAAAAAUGCAUCCAAGUCGGGUGAAGCUUGGAAUGACUCGAGCUCUUCUCCCCCGCUGUGGUUUUAACACGGUCAGUGGCAGAAGAAGAGCCUAUCAGAUAUUUGUAUACUGAAUCUUACAAGCAUAAAGAACUACCUCUUUCAUACCUGGUCGUCACCCUUUAAGAACUGUUAAAGCCUUAGGAAGAUGGUCAAAAAAUAUUUGAAGAAAGAUUAAAUGGUUCGCCAAGUAACGCUCUAAUGGAUGACAGAGAAUUUCCACCAAAUGAUCUACGAAUAGACUCAAAGGACAGUCUGUCUGCUGACUGUAGGGUGGAAGGUUUGGCAUCUCAUUUGGUAUCUUCAUCUGAUGAAAAUGAGAAUCAACUUGACCGUGAUGGGAAUGAGGUUUUAACUAGUAGUGACACUGCUAUGGGAAGACAGAAUGAGGGUGAGCAGGACAGCAUCAAUAACAAUGAAAAUACGGACAGUGGAGGCUGUGCCCCAAGCUGUAAGGAAAGCGAGACUGAGAGGAGAUCUGUAAGUGUCCAUGUGGAGCCCCAGCUGGAGAAAAAGCCAGCUACGGAAAAACAGGCGGGUGGAAAAAGAAGCCCAAGAAGCAAAAGAGGCUCCAGUAAAAAAUCUAAAGGAGCUCCUUCAGUGGGAACCACAGCAGUUAAGGAGGAAAACACUCUUGUUCCAGACCCUGUGUGUGCUGAAGGUGCCCAUGAGGCAAAUGAAGACUCUUGUCAGCAAGAACAAAAGCAAACAUUGCCGUCCCUCUUCUCUUUGCUCCGUGAAGAGGUUGAGCAGAUGGAUUCAAAGAUACUGCCUCUGUGCCUCCAUCAGAUAGCUGAGACCUAUUUUCAAGAGGAAGAAUACGAGAAGGCCAUGAAAUUCAUCCAGCUCGAACGGCUGUACCAUGAGCAGCUGCUUGCAAAUCUUUCUUCCAUACAGGAGCAGUGGGAAAGAAAAUGGAAAGCAACAGUUCCCGGUCCAGUUACAGCAGUGAGGAAUUCAGCUAAAGAGCUGAGCAGUGAAGAGUUGGAAAAGCUUACCAGAGUUUGUUCUUCACAUCAACAGCCACUUGCAUGCAAACAUAAGCUAGUAGCUGCAGAAAAUACAUGGGAAAGCAGUCGUUUCCUCCAGUUAACGGGAUCCGAACGUUUAAAGGAAAGAGAAACUGCAGCUUUUAAAUCAGGUACGGAAACUUUUCCUGGCGGGGGACCAGAGGAGGAAGACACGCUACCACGCGCCGGCUCCCAAGGCGAAGGGAGAACGGAGACGCCGCCAGAGGCAGCGAGUCCGCAGGCAGCUGCAGGAAAGGCCCACAUGGAGGAGCAGGAGCAGCACCACAGCAUGGAGCCGGCGCUGGAGCUGCACGCCCAGGCCACUGGGAGAGGGGGCAGGCCGCCUCCGGACUGCUUAUCCUCUGGGGAUGCUGGUAAAGAUAACAGGCUGCAGCCGAGGGAGAGGCAGCUCUCUAAGGAUGUGGGGAAAAUAGAGGAGGCAGCUGGGGAGCCCGGGGUUAAGCUCUCUGUGGAGCCAAUGGUCGAUACUUUGUCUUUAACAGAUGCUGAUUAUUUGCCUCCUGAUUUGCUUUCUGCUGGUGAAGAUGUGCAAGCUGAUAGAAAUCUGCUCACAUCAAAACAUGUUGCUGGCUCUGCGGAGACUGCUGGUGGCCAGCUAGGAAACAGUGAUUUAAACCAACAGCAGAAACAGCUUGAUGAUGAUGGAAAAUCUCCACAGGACAGAACUGCAUCAAACAUGUGCCCUGGAAAUAAUCAAGUGUCUGAGCAGGAGAGUACUUCCCAUUCGCGAGUAUGCAAGGAAAUGCAGAAUGCAGCAGGACGGGAGGAGGAGAAGGUAAAUCAUGAAGAACAAGAAGAUUUAUUUCUCAGAUUUUUAAAUGGCAACAUUAUAGACUCUGAAGAAUCAUUUGCAGACUUAACAAACGAAGAAGACUUUGACACUGUUCCAGAUAUUUCACCUGAACGAGCAUCUUACAGUUCACUGGAGGCUUUAUCGUUAGAUGACAGCUUUUCCUCCCUCGAUGAACUUGCAAGAAGGAUAGAGAUUGCUGAGAUUGCUCCAGCGGAAGGUUUGGUGUCUAUACUAAAGAAGAGAGAUGACAGGGAAGGAAAAACAAUUGCUCAAGUUCAGCAGAGACAAACAAAGAGAAGAGUGCGAUUCCAAGAAAUGGAAGACACAUUAGAUCAAGACGAAGCGGCUGGCGGCUCCUGCAUUUUGCUGGUCCUGCUGUGCAUAGCGACUGUUUUCCUUAGCAUUGGAGGCACUGCCUUGUACUGCACUUUUGGUGACAUGGAAUCCCCCAUGUGCAAGGAUUUUGCAGCCAACGUGGACUUCUAUUAUACACAGAUAUUGCAGCGUAUGGAAGAACUUAAGCACUGGAUAGCCUUCUCAUAGCUGCAGUGGGCAGAGACACGCUAAGAGCUCACCAAUGAUUCCAGCGAUUACUGGUAAAAGAAAAAGAGUGACUUCAAGUUCUCUGUAACACUUGCCACCUUCAGCCGAUGUAUAUCUGGUGAUGUACUCAUACUUCUACUUAUUAAUCAAGAAAAGUCCUAGUUUAGCAAUCAGGUGGCAAAAUGUUCCCAUCCUAAGCUGUAGCAGUGUGGUAUGGGAGAGCAAAAAGUCGUUCUCAUCACCAUUUUGAGCAGCUUUUCAACAUCUUGAGCAAGUGAAGAAGAAAGAAGAAAACUGACUCUCUUCUCUAUCUGCUCUCCCAUUGCCACACAUUGUGUAAGCAAUCUCUGGAAGCUUAGUGAAAGGACAUCUUUGAUUUACAGCUGUUUGUGCAAAGGUGUUGCCUCCAGCUAUCAUGCAAUAAGUCUGUGUUUUAUGAAAGCAUUAUUUUUCUUCUAAGUCAUACUGUUUUUCUCCAUUUUAAUUCUCCUGGUGAGCCAUGUAAUAAUUUGGGUGGAGUGAGAAGAGUGCAACGACAUUCACGGAGCCCUCAUUCUGGGAUAAAGAGGCUGACUAUGUAUCUUAUAACUUAUGGUGAAUAUCAUGAGUGGGAUAAAUCUGCUGGCAGAUUUCACUAGAUUUCCUGGAACU